GCGCUUGCCGCCUGGAAGGAAACCGUGGCCAUGAUUUUGUCCAAUCGCACGGCGGGAGACCUCCAUGUGAUCUCGGCCUUUGGCGACCUCCUCAAGAUGCAUGGAUGUUCGAUGGCCGCACACAUCUGCUACUUCAUGACCCCGGGUCAAUCGCUGCUGUCGGGCUGGGACCAGCCUGGGGCAAAGCUGACGCUCGUUGGCGCAGACAGCUCCGCAGCGGUUCACCGGCACAUCGAGGCCAUCCAAGCGACCGAGAUUCUCGAGCACAUCCACAUCACCAACGGCGCUAUUUGCCUCCCGCACUUCCAAGCCUACAAGCUCGUGUAUGCCUCGCUGCUUGCCGACCUCGGAUACGUCGACGAAGCGCUCUCGUAUUUUGAGAGCAUC